UUCCUGUUUCGAAUUAAAGUAUUCUACAACCGUCCGUCGAUCUUGGAUUCCAUAUUUGACGUUUUUCGCGAUGUCGACGCCAGACUCUACCGUGUCGGACGACUUGUACGUCUUGUUGGAAGUCGAACGAACGGCGUCGGAGGCAGAUAUCAAGGCAAGCUACAGGAAACUGGCGCUCAAGUUCCAUCCUGAUCGCAACCGCGGCGUUCCCGGUGCCGCAGAACAUUUCAAAAAGCUAGCGACUGCCUAUGCAGUGUUGUCUGACCCGAACCAACGUCGUUUCUACGACCUUUCAUGCAAGGACGGUUCUGGCGGGAGUGUCGCUGGGCUUCACGGCAUGCAGCCCAUCGACGUGAACGAAAUGAACGGGUUUGGCCGCAUGUUGGGUGCGCUGUGCUCGAAGAUUGGCAUUCCUUUGCCCACUCAGAUCAGCCAGAAUGUCCUCAUGGCUGCCCGGGACCUACAAACUGGCAUGGGUGGAACGAACGUCAAGGACCUUCCCGUGGGCAUGGAGAUGUCUGGGAAAGUGGACAAGCAGGAAGGCCACUUCUUCCGCGUCGCGAUCACCGACCGCAUGGUGGAAUCGGGUUUCGUCAUGACGUGCCGUUCCAUCGCGAAGAACAAGUUCAAGCUCAUCCUGUUCGACAAGGACGGGUCUGUCCGCAGCGUCCAAGAGAGCGACACCCGCGCCAAGCACACGUCGGCCGACAUGUUUCUCACGCGACUGGAGCUUAUGGACACGGACGACACAUUCAAGUGCCUGUCCGAGCAAGAGCAGACGCUGCCCGAAGUCUUCCACCGCCUCAAGACCCUCGAGCGCAUCCAGACGCCGGCGUUGGACGCGGGCACGCACCUUUUCUGCGUCUACGGGGACAACUGGUUCUCGGCGCUCCAUUACGUCAUCCAGUGCCUUCCCAUCGAGCCCGACACGGUCGAGUCUAUUCAGCACGUCGAGCAAGACCUCCUCCGCACGAAACUCGAGCUCGACGCGUACCAGGCCGAGUUCACAGCGGCACAAAAGGCGUUUGAAGCGGCUGUGGCCAAGGCGGACGGCCUCGAUAAGCGCACAAAGGGGCUCAUGGCUACGCGCCGCGCCGCGUACGACGAUUUCUUGAGCGUCGCCGCCUUGCCGUACAAGGACAUGAACAGAAAACCAGGCGCGCAGGACGAAGCUGCGGGCACGUUUGCCAGCAUCUGGAACCGAUUCAGUGUCCAGGCAGCCCCACCGCCGGGCGCGUGCAAGCGAGAUGAGUUUUAAGUAGACACACAUACAACUGUUUUGUCGGACACCCAUCAUGUACUGUACUGUAUCCGUCCAUGCGGCAUCCCUUCUCG